UCUCUUGGGUCCUCGUCGGAGUGUGUUCUCGCUGAAGCACGCACGGCACAGGCCUGGCAUAGUCGCAUACGCCAAAGGUACCUCAGCCUCGGCCUCAGCUCAAAACUCAAGACGGAGUCCAUGUUGCAAUGGACAUCUGUCAUCUGCGGCCUUGCGAUAAUUUUAUUAGUAGUAUCCUGCCCACACAAAUCAAUCAACCCUGGACCUAUGCCAAGGUGGCGUUAUCAUGGAGCCUCAAAGCCGCAGGCUCGACACAGUCUCACUUCAUGGCUCACUCCCUGGCAAUCGGCUUCAGACUGCGCGAGUUCUCAAGCGCUUCAAGGGUCUACAGCAGAAAGUCGAUAAUCUGUUAGUCCUCGUACGAAGAACAAAGCCCUAUCGCAACGUGCUCCCAGUGACUCUGUUCGUCCGCUACCUCAAGAACGAGUACUUAGCGUUUCGCGGUACUUUGGAUGGAUUAACCGAUGCGGAGCAUGACGAGACAAAGGGGGUGGACUGGAUGGUGGUUGAAGAGACAAUUGAGCGUCGCUGCGUCUCUGAGUAUGCAAGGUACUCCGACUUCGUAAGUCGCAUAUUGCUGGAACUGGACGCAAUUACAGAGCUGCUUGGCUUCAAUGAAGAUGUCCAGAUCACCGAUAUCGUCUCGAGCAAUGACCGUUGGGGAAGAUUACUACAGGCUCUUUACACCCUCGAUGGCUCUGGUGGGGCUACGUUACAGGUUUCCUUCGCCAACAUCCAACAAGCAAAUGAGGAGCUAGUCCAGAUUCAGCGACAGUCCUUGAAAGAUCCAUCAACGAACUUUUUUGAGAGUCUACUCAUGCUUCGGGAUCGUGUUGCUUCAGCAUCUGACAUCCUUGGACCCGAGAAUGGCUUUCACUGCCAGUGUCCGGAGCCACACCAGGUAUUUUUACGAGCUAAAGAUUGCUUCAAGCUGGACAAGGGAUUUGAACCAACAUCAGAGCCUUGGGAUCAGGCUUGCUCACUGCUAUUCCAGAACUUGAACUCCGUACAGAACCAAUGGAGACAAGUGGAAAUGCAGUUCAGCACCUCAAAUGUCGAAAUGUCGAAGAAAUUGGAACCUACACAUCAGCAGCUCUCGAAUGAAACAGCAUCGAAGACUACGAGUUCAAAUAUUGCAGAUGACACGACCAAAAAAACGAAAAAGAAGGCGUGGAAAUCCAUAUCUGGGCUGCUACCCAUAUUCCUAAAGCCUAAUUCAGUUCACGCCAAUUCAAGUAAUCAAGUCGCCGGACCAGCACCAACACAAGUUCCAUUGCCACCGAUGACCACUAAUCCCAGCGAUGGACUUUGUGCUUUUCUGAAUAACGGUACCGGUACUGGAGAGGAAGGCCAAGGAUAUAUCACCAUGUAUCGAGAAAAAGCGAGUCAUAAACUAGUCUUAACACCAGCAGAUGGGAUGACGCAGCUUGAUGUGAGAUGGGCAGAUCCUCUUCCGAUAUUAGCGCAGUCUGAAGACCCUCAACUUGAGCUCUCAACUGAGCAGAGACUUCAACUAGCGCAUCAGGUGGCCUUCAGUCUGUUCUAUUUGUUCUCGACCCCUUGGAUACAAGAAUCUUGGACUAGCGAUGAUGUCUAUUUGACUUGGCAGGAGAGUCCCGUUGCCUUUGUACAUCCAGUAUUCUCUCGCAAGUCCAUUGUCGUGUCAAAUGAUGCUCUCGAUAUCGAGAAGCCAUCACAGCCGAAGGUCCCGUUCGUUAAUUCUCUUGGUCGAUUCUUAGUUGAGCUCUGGUGCGGAACAUCGUGGAGCCAUCUUCAGAGAGUGUUCCUAGCUGGUGAAGGCUCGUCCGAAGUGAUGGAACAUGACACUUUCAUCUUUAACAGACUUUUGAACUGGAUCGGUGACUCCAAAAUAGCAGAUAGGGACAAGCCGUUCCAUCUAGAGGGUAGUUCAUACUUGAUGGCGGUACGGAAAUGCUUCACAUGCGACUUCAACCUGAGCGAGGUAGACAAGGAUUCGCUCCUUGGCAACGAACAUUUUGCGCGUUGGAUAUACAGACACGUCUUGCGCCCACUUCAAUAUUCUCUUGAAGACUUCCAAUCCCAGCAGGAACGAUUCUUCGGCACCCGCCUUGAUUUCAGCCCCCAAGUUACUGCCCCACGCGCUGGAGAAGAUACAAAGCGUCUACGCUUGUUUGCCAAUGAAGAUAUCGAAAAUAGACAGAAGAAAGAAAAAACAGCUGACAAGUGGUUCUACGAGUACGGCAAAGUGAAAGAUUUUGUGAGGAGCAUUGGAAGAGAACGGCCGGAAAACCCCGCAGACCGAGUACGAGUGGCGAUCCUGGACACGGGUGUUGAUGUGACACACGACGAUCUACACAGUCCCUGGCUCGAUGGCCAGAUCUUCUAUCAAAACUUUGUCGGCAAGCGUUCUGGUAUACCUCAAGAUGAUGAUGGUCACGGAACACAUGUUACAUCAAUACUUCUCCAAAUGGCAGAGAAUGUGGACGUCUAUGUGGCACGGGUGUCUCGGGAUGGAUUGGAUUGGAAAAGCAAAGACGUAGAAGAUGCAAUCCGCUGGGCUAUAACCGACAAACAAGUCCACAUACUAUCUCUUUCUUUCGGCUUUCCGAACGCAGACCAGAGCCUGGAAGGUAUCCAAAAAGCACUUCUAGAAGCCCACGCUUCAGACGUCUUAAUAUUUGCUGCCACUGGCAACAGAGGUGAUGGAAACGCCGUCGCGUUCCCCGCAUGUCUAGACGAAGUGAUUUCAGUUGCAUCAAUAGAUGGUGACAAUCAUUUGAGCAGUUUUGUGCCGGACUUAAGAGUUGGGAAAAGGCUCUGUGCAAUUGGAGAAGCCAUUGAGGCAGCGUGGAUCAACAAAGAUGUGUCAAAAGUUGCCAUGCACUCCACCACCGAGCGAAAGGCUGGUACAUCUUAUGCUACACCAGUGGUCGCCGGAGUGGCAGCGAUGAUUAUGGAUCUUGUCUGGUCCGCCAAGCACAUCUUCAAUGAUUACAAUUGCAAAACAUUGCGCACUAAUCACGGAAUGCUGGCGGUGCUCGAACUUAUCAUUUAUCCGAAAGACAAAAUCAAAUGCCUGAUGCCAAGGCAGUUUUUCGACAAGCGGGUAUGGAAAUCUUACUCGGGGUGAUCCUGGAGAGGAAUUCAACGCUGCUGAUGGAUUUGUUAUACUGCGAGGCACUUUAAACAAUAUUUAUCAGAGAAGGAUGGCUCAAUAGUUAAUUGUUAAUAUGUAAUUAGAGGCGAUCCGAAAUGUACAGUAUCUAAAAGGUCAGAGGACCAUUAAUCAUACGCGAAGCUACGCGUUUGCUUAUUGUUAAAACAAAAGCAACAGCUCUCUUCAACGAUUGCGAUGAUAAGAG